UUAUCGCUAUCGAUUCAAAGAUAUCGUUCUUUGCAAAAAAACGCAUUAAAAUUUGCUGCAAAUUCGAGUGUUAACAACAAAUCCUCCCAGCAUUAGACAGUCGCCAUAAAAAUGUAUCCACAGUGAUCCAAUUGCAUUCCCAUCGAUUGCCUGCUCCUGCUCGCGGUCGCUGUCGUCUCCGGCCUGCUCCACUCCCCUUCCCACAAACUUCUAUUUCCUUAAUUUAAAUGUUACGAAGCUAAGCAAAUCAGGUUUAAAGUAAGCAAUAGCCACCAAAUCAAGUGCAUUCACAUUCACAGCCAUGUACCAAAGCGCCUGCAAUGCUGCCACCACGGGUUCGUGUGUUCCUGGAGGUGGCACUCAGCCACCACAAUCCGCUCUGAUAGCCCAACAACCACCCACCGCCCCCGUAGAGCCUGAUUACAGUGGCUUCGAUAUUGUUAAGGCCACCCAGUAUGGAGCUAUUGCCAGGGUAAGAGAGCUGGUGGAAUCCGGUUGGGAUGUGAAUCAACCGGACAGUGAAACGGUUACCCUGCUCCAUUGGGCAGCCAUUAACAAUCGACGGGAUAUUAUACGCUACUUCCUAGAGAAGGGUGCCACAGUCGAUGCAGUCGGCGGGGAGUUAAAUGCAACGCCCCUUCAUUGGGCCACCAGGCAGGGUCAUCUUGGUGCAGUGGUUCUACUAAUUGCUGCAGGAGCAGAUCCCAGGAUCAGAGAUGCAGAAGGCUGCUCCUGUAUACACAUAGCGGCACAGUUUGCCCACACGGCGCUGGUUGCAUAUUUUAUAGCCAAGGGUGUAGAUCCAGACUUGCAGGACCGAGGAGGAAUGACAGCACUAAUGUGGUCUGCUUGGAAGGUAUGUGCCUUGGAUCCGGUGCGCUUGCUACUCACUUUGGGCGCUAACCCCGCCAUGGUGGACUACACACAUGGCAAUACUGCGUUACAUUGGGCUAUUUUGGCUCGGAAUGCCACCGCCAUAUCUACUUUGGUUCUAAAAUCUAAAGCCUCAUUGGAUGUGCCCAAUUUGAGAGGCGAGACGCCAUUAUCUAUGUUGGAAUCGCAGACUGGAGCAAUUUGGAUUGGAGCAAAGGUAAUGGAACGUGUUAAGGAGGCUGCACUGACCUCUCAACAGAGACGCUCACUCAUAUCUAAGCUGCGUCAUGAUAAACGUUUACGCUGGUGGUCCAUGGUGGCCUGCCCCUUCACAGCCUUUUAUCUGGCCGGAAUUGUGUUUACACUGAACACAUUGUAUAUCAUAAAGUUUUUCCUGCUGGGUUGUCUAUAUGCCAUAUUUCAUGCCAUUGGAAAGACCUUGUUUGAUGAUCAUCUAAUGGCGUUGCUACCCUUAAGUGUAUAUUUGGCCACAAAAGCUUGGUUCUAUGUCACCUGGCUAAUGUAUAUUGAUGAUGCUGUUUCUCUAACGGCCACCAUAUGCUUCCUUGCGUGCUCGUUAGUGUUGUGGGUGUGUUUCCUCAAGUCGUGGAAAGGCGAUCCAGGCAUUAUAAAGCCCACCCGAGAGCAGAGAUUCAAGACCAUCGUAGAGCUAUCAGAGCGUGGUGGCAUUGGUUUUGAGCCGGCUUCCUUUUGUUCUGGGUGUCUGGUAAGGCGACCUAUACGCUCAAAGCACUGUUCGGUGUGCGAUCGUUGUGUGGCCCGCUUUGAUCAUCAUUGCCCUUGGGUAGGGAAUUGUAUUGGUCUUAAGAAUCACAGCUAUUUCAUGGGUUUUCUCUGGAUGUUGCUAAUAAUGUGCGCCUGGAUGCUUUAUGGUGGAUCUAAGUAUUAUGUAAACCAAUGCAAUGUCCAUUUUGAUGAUUUUCUAACCGCCAUGCGGGCUAUUGGCAAUUGUAAUGCCUGGGUAGGCUGGGUAAUGGGCAAUGCCUUACUGCAUAUGUCUUGGGUCAUUUUGCUGACCAUUUGCCAGACCUACCAGGUCAUAUGCUUGGGCAUGACCACCAAUGAACGCAUGAAUCGUGGUCGUUAUCGUCAUUUCCAGGCUAAAGGUGGUCAUUCACCCUUUACUCGUGGUCCAUGGCAGAAUCUAAUUGAUUUUCUUGAGUGCAAUUGCUUUGGUCUAGUGCAACCCAAGCGUGUUGAUUGGAUGAACUACUAUGAAUAUGAUGAGCAAGUCCAUCAAACCAUUGAGAAAGAGCCAUUGCUGCGUAUUGAUUCUGCUGCUGGUGCUGCUGAUGAUCAUCAAUAUGUGUAGGACAAGACCCGUCGGGAUGCAAAGACGCUUCAAAUGCCCAUAGCGCAUGUGUAGAGUAAAUACCGUAAUCGCAACCCAUAAUUAAAUUUCCCUGAUUCCUAUAAACCAAAAUCCAAUUUUCGCGAAUACAACAUAACGAUUGAUUCAAAAAAUUUCAAUGAUUUCAGGACAAGAAGCGUCAUUUGCUGACCGAUAUCGGAUCAAGCAUGCAUAUAUAUAUAUAUAUAUUUGUAUAAAUAUAUAUGUAUGUACAUAUUCACGCAUAUAUAAAUAUAUAUAUAUAUAUAUAUAUAUAUAUGUUAUUAUAUAUUAUCUGUAAUUUACUCUCUUUUUACUCCUCUCUCUAUCUAUAUACCUUUCUCUGUACAUUUCUGCAAAUUUAUCGUUCCAUAAGUUGAAAGUGUAACACAGGAUCUUAAUGGAAAAAAGUAUUUGUAAUACCAAAAACAAAGCGAAAACUACAACAACAAGCAAAACACAAAAAACAAAAAAAAAUACGAACAAACUUAAUUAAUGCAAACAAAAAUAAAUAAUUAUGUAACUAUA